GUAACAAGUACGUCCCUCGUGCCAUCCUGGUGGACCUGGAGCCCGGCACGAUGGACUCUGUGCGCUCCGGCCCCUUUGGACAGAUCUUCCGGCCUGACAACUUUGUCUUUGGUCAGAGCGGGGCUGGCAACAACUGGGCCAAGGGGCACUACACGGAAGGUGCUGAGCUGGUGGACUCGGUCCUGGAUGUGGUGAGGAAGGAGUCGGAGAGCUGUGACUGCCUGCAGGGCUUCCAGUUGACCCACUCGUUGGGCGGUGGCACAGGCUCUGGGAUGGGCACCCUCCUCAUCAGCAAGAUCCGGGAGGAGUACCCCGACCGCAUCAUGAACACCUUCAGCGUCAUGCCCUCCCCCAAGGUGUCGGACACGGUGGUGGAG